GAAAAAAAUUGUUUAUACAAAUUUUAAAUCCGACCGGAUCGAUCGAUAUCCAAAAUAUUUCGAUGGAAUAAAAUGUAUUAUUUCAACAUGUAAACGUUAAAAUUACAUCUAUUCGAUUCGCACGUGCUCUUCGCCAUGGAGUGGUAUUGUCAAUAUCGAUAAGUCUAGUCAUUUAUCCGGUCCCAUGAAUCAUACACACUGCAUACGGACUUGUUGAGAUAAAUUUAAGAUGGAGGUAAACACCAUAGGCCAUAAAGAAGCUUGUUCAAUAUCUAUGCUGAACACAACACUAAGCAUUGAAUAAAGUAGUUUGACAAAUUCAGGAAACAUCACAUUCCUCGCUGGAAUUAGUGAAAAGCCUGAUAACUCAUAACACAAUGCUCAGUAAUCUUGUGCAAUAAGACGGCUUUACGAGUGGCCAUAAUGGUGAAUAACAGUUUGUACUUCAAUUAUGUACAGAUAUUCCUCGUUGUCAUAUCAUACUGGAUUGUUUCAAUACUUACAGUGUUCGUCAACAAAACUUUAUUGAGUUCCAAGCAAUUAGACAUAGAUGCACCGUUAUUUAUUGCAUGGUUUCAAUGUUUGGUUUCGGCUUUAAUUUGUUUUACAUUGAGCAGACUGUCUAAAGUGUUUCCAAAAAUUAUUAGGUUUCCCAACGGAAAUCCUUUGCAAUGGCAAACCAUAAAAAAAGUGAUGCCGUUAUCAAUAUUAUUUAUAAUAAUGAUUUCCACAAACAACUAUUGCCUUAAAUAUGUGGGCGUCACGUUUUACUAUGUCGGAAGAUCACUUACAACAGUAUUUAAUGUUAUCCUAUCUUAUGUAAUUUUAGGUCAGAAAACUUCCAAAAGCUGUCUCAGUUGUUGUAUUGUAAUAAUAUUAGGUUUUGUUUUAGGUAUCGAUCAAGAAAAUAUCGCAGGUUCAUUUUCACUGGUUGGAACAAUAUUUGGCGUUCUCAGCUCCUUUUCUUUAGCCUAUUAUUCAAUACAAAUAAAAAAAGUAUUGCCGGCUUUGAACAACCAAAUUUGGUUACUUUCCUACUAUAACAAUGUCUAUGCUACAGUGUUAUUUUUACCAUUGUUAACACUCGAAGCACAGGAAAUCAGCAACUACGAUAAACUUACAAACAACGGAUUUUUCCUAUUAAUGAUGGUUGGCGGACUAUGUGGUCUGUCGAUUGGAUACGUAACGGCUCUUCAAGUACAAGUAACAUCACCGUUGACGCACAACAUUUCCGGUACGGCAAAAGCAUGUUUACAGACAGUGUUAGCUUCAUACUUGUACAAUGAAUGGAAAUCUUCUUUGUGGUGGUUGUCAAACAUAAUCGUGCUCGGAGGAAGUGCGGCUUACACCUUAGUGCGCAAUCGAGAAAUGGAAAGAAAUUAUAAGUCGAUUACAAACACCCGUUGUUAGUAAUAACAUAUUACUAUGUAUUUGAGCGUGCAUCAUUUUACUCUUGGUUGAAACGAUUAACAAAAAAAAAACUUGAGCUUAAAAAAAUCAACAACUAAGUUAUUUGAAGUACAUUUUUAUAAAGCGGCCUCAACACUAGUAUUUAUUAAGUCGCAUUGUCUAGGUGAUUUUUUACUAAAACUAAACAUUAUGUUAACAAAUUUAAACGUACAUAUUACCUUAGACAAAAGAAUGAUCUAUUUGGUAUUUCAUUUUAUUUUUCCAACUUUUAUAACACAUAAAGGAUCUAUUUUUGUAGAAAAACAUUGUUUCCACUUAUAGUAGAACUUACCGUAAAAUACUUGGAUUUAAGUUUUGAAAAAACAUUUAGAUUCUUCAUAACAGUUUCAAGGCAUUUAUCGUAGCACGAUUUUUAAAUUAUUUUUAGUUAAUUAAUUGAAGUGCACAAGGGAAAAACGGUAGUUGUCACAUUAAGACAUUUUUUUUUUCAAUUUAUGCCAAUAAUUUUUUUUUUUUUAUGUCAAUAGAUUGUUUAAAUAAAUACAUUUAUUGUUAGAGUAACAUUGAAUGUGAUUUUUUUUGGUCUUAUGUAAGAGGUAGAGGAAUUCACGAGCUUUGUUUUUACUAUACUCUAAAAUUUUUAUAAUGUAACAACUACCGUUUUUCCCCUGUGCCCUUCAAUUAUUUCAAUGUAAAAAACUAAAAAUUUUUAACUUUUUUAAACUGAAAUAAAUAAGUAACAUAAAAUUGUGCCACGAUCGAUGACUUGAACAAAUUUUUAAAUAUUUUUGCAAAACUUAAAUAAGAGUAUUCUUAGGAAUAGUGCGUUUGCAGUAGAAUGAGUUGUUUUCGACCAAAAAAAUAAGCAGGCGUAGAGGCCUUUUAAGUGCGCCAAACUAUUUUAUCAAUUUGAAUUACAUUUGUACUUACUGUUUAAAUUAAUUUGUUAGAUUAAUAAAAGGUAUUAUUUAAAUAUGAACUGUUCAUUUAAAUUAAAUUAAACUAUUAUUUACAUAUUUAUUUGAGUAAAACAUUUUUUAAAUAUUGCCCAGGUGUCCACGUUUUAUACAUUUUGGUAAGCCUUAUUAUAUUUCAUGAUUUACAAUUUAAAUUCUAUAACAAAUUGUAUCUAUUACAACAUAUUUUGUCACCACUUC